AUGUCUUGGAAUGAGAAACUAUUUGCCUACUGGUUUAAGGAUGAGCCAGGAAAUACAUACAAUUUUAAAUACAAACCCUGGCAAUCGGUUCCGGGUCGUCUUGUGGCCACCAAUGAUGACAGGGACACUGUCGAGAGUUUCGCUAUAAACCGUUUCCACUUAACAGGAAAUCCAAAUCAGGGCAACUGCUCCUUCAGCAUCACUAAUGCUAAAUUUGAAGAUGAAGGGCAGUACUACUUCAGAAUUCAGGGCGACAAGAACCUCAAAUUCAGUUAUUUGGCUGCAUAUGGACAUACUUUACCUCGUAUUUCUGUAACAGAACAACCUCGGAAUGUCCAAAUCACAGUGAAAAUCACAAGAUCUGGACGCUUUGGAGUCCCAAGUAUUCAGACAGCGAAAGGGGAUUUGGACCCUGUGGUGGUCCAGGAGGGUGACGCCAUCAAGCUUAUCUGUCGUGCUGACGGCAGGCCUGAUCCCAUCCUCACCUGGAGAAAGGAGAGCAAGACCAUCGGUGACCCCAAGCAGGGCGCGGAGUAUCUGCUACCCAAGAUCACCCCAGAGGAUGCCGGGGCAUAUCAGUGCCAGGCAGUGCAUUGUUUAAGCUCAGCUAAGAACACCGUUUGGAUAACUGUGCAAUAUCCUCCAAGGACAGUGACGUUUAGGAUCUCCCAGGCUUCCAUGAGAGACCCAGCACUCAUUCAAGAUUAUCCCAGGGAAGUGGCCAAUGGCUCCCAGUUGACAGCUCAGGAAGGCGACUCAUUACAGAUCCUCUGCAAAGUUGACAGCAACCCUCCAGUCGAAACGAGUUGGGUCAAGGCGGGCAGAACCUCAGAGAAGUUCUCAGCUAACUUGUUGGAGUUGACCAAUUUAACACUUGAGGAUGAGGGAAAAUAUGUUUGCAACGCUACCAACCCUCUUGGCUCUUCUUGGGGGAUCUUCCAGCUCAACGUAGCAUAUGCCCCCAAGUUCAGCAGAACACCCCCGAAAAAUACUACAUGUUGGUAUGCGGACAGUGGCUUCCUCUGCAGCUGCUCCCUGCACUCCCAGCCUCCGCCCCACAUCCAGUGGCAAGUGGAUGGGGAAACAGUAACUGAGGGCAGCAGCAAGCAACAGGUCACUUCCUUUGCCCAGGGGAACGACAUCACCAGCUCCCUAAACUGGACAGGAAGUCUGAAUAUGGAUCAUAGGAUCAUCUGUUUUGGGAGCAACCCUUUUGGAGUCUACACCAUGCAUUUCCUGAUGAGUGCUUUGAGAGGCUCCACCACCAGCAGCUCCUCCACAGGAAACCGUACGCCUUUGUUCGUUUCUGGGCUGUGUGGGGCCUUGCUGGCAGCCGGUCUCUUCCUGCUAGGCUUGUGCCUGAUCAAGUUCUUUAAGCGGAGGAAAACACCGUCAAAAGCGGGCACUGUCCAGCCUGUGGAUCCCGCCGUAACUGGAGGAAAUCAGAGAGCCAAGAACAACUUCAGCCUGAUCUACAGUAACAUUUUACCAGUGGGUCCAAGAAGGCCCCAUGUUGGCCCGUCCAAAGUAGCUGCAGAGAGGAAUCCAAAACGCGGCCCGAUCCCCAAAGUUCCCAAACGGAACACAGCUGAGCCAGAUCCGCUCCAUUAUGCGGCCCUGGAGUUCAAGCCGAAAAGCAACGGAGCUCAGAUCCCACGAGAGGAAUCUGUGGAAUAUUCAGCGAUCAGACAGAAAUAAAGCCCUUGUUUCUCAAGGAGC